UUACAAAUAUGCCUUUUUUACCUAAUAACAAUCGUUACCAAGGUUGAACUUAAAAUAUUUCAAAAAAAUAUUUCAACUUAAAAGAAUAAUUGCUUAAUGGUCAACUUAAACAUUUGUUCACUGUUACGUUUUUAAUUUUAUUUUUAAAAUCACAAAAACGCUUUUAAAACUUGUCUCAUGGAAACAAAAUUUAAAAUAAUGAAAUUUAGCUUGAAAAUAGCCAGAGCGUAAGCAACUUUCGAGUGAGAAGCUAUCUGGCAACACCGUCGCCUGUCAUACGUCGCUUUAACUUGUUAUUGCUAUCUGUUAUAGCAAUUUGCACCGAACUUGGGAUUUUGUGUUGUGCAAAGUGCAUGUUAAUGCAAUAUCGGAUCUGUGCAAGGUUCUUGCCCUUUCGCUGGUCGUUUGUGCGCAACCUUUUGAUCGCGGCCAGCGUCACAACCGCCGUCACAAUCCAGCCGGCAUUUGCAACGAGCAGUACGUGUCCCUCCAGCCAGCAAAGGUGCUUCUCUUCCAGUUCUAAGAUGAGUGAUCAAGCAGCCUCAGCGCCAGCAGGAUCAGGGGAAUCAAACUACGAAGCUGGCAGCAGCUCGGUGGCAUUUGUGACCACUCCGGAUCGGGAAUCGGCAAGGAAGCUGGCCCGUAGCAUCAUCGAACAGAAAUUGGCAGCCUGUGUCAAUAUUGUGCCAAACAUUGACUCCAUUUACAUGUGGGAAGGGAAGGUCAACGAAGACACCGAGUAUUUGAUGAUGGUCAAGACGCGCACCAAUCGCAUAGACGAGCUGAGCAAGUUCGUCCGCGAGAAUCAUCCAUAUAGCGUUGCCGAGGUCAUCUCGUUGCCCAUCCAGAAUGGCAAUCCGCCGUAUCUCGACUGGAUCGGGCAGACUGUGCCACAAAAGGCAGAGAAAAAGGACUAGUCCGAAUUUAAAAUUAUAUUAACGGCAAAUAAAGUUUCACUAAAAUUACUGACAAGAACUUCUGGAAUAUAAACCAAAAUUUUAAAUUGGCUACGAAAACAAUGAUUCUGAGAAACAGAAUAGUAACGAAAGCAGACAAC